GUACAGUGAUUCAGAUUGGAUCGGCCCUUCGGUCAAUGGCCGAUAAAAGCUACAGAUGACCGGAAAAAACAAAUUCAGUACGUCAAUCGGGCCGAGAAAAAUUCAGUUUGUCAGACAAUUUGACCGAAAAAUUUCUGUAGCAAACGGUCAAAACUUCAUUUUACAAUUUAGCCUCGAUUAUAACAGAUAUUUUCGUCCCUAUCUAUGCGAUUAAAAAGAUAAAGUACGAAAAUCGUUUAUUUAAAAUAAUCCGAGUCAUACAGGCGCUUAUCGGUACCCGGCGCUUAUUGAUUUAGUGUAGUGCGGAACGCUUCGAUGUUUAUCGUUGUUGUAUGAAAAAUAUGGCGGCGAAAAAACCUCUCUUUGAUGCAAAACAACGAUCUUUAUUUAGUGUUGGUUUUAAUAGUGAAAAAUCAUCAAACCAGCCGCCUAUCAAAGAAAAAGGUAGUUCAUCUGAUUCUAAAGUACCACGUUCAUUUCAAAAUAAAUGGCUUCAGGCCCACAAGUGGCUUAAGUUCGAUACAGAAAAGCAGUUGAUGUUUUGUACCCUUUGUAUUAACGACGGACGCGACAACAUAUUUACACAAGGUUGUAAUAAUUUUAGAACAAGUACUUUUAGUGACCAUGUUAAAUCAAAAGAUCACCAGAGAUCUUUAGCGGCAAAUGCUUGUAAAGAUGACUUUAAAAGUGUGAUGAACAAGCACUUCUCUGCCAAGGAAGAAGCGGUUCUACUUGCCUUAAAGACAGUUUAUUACCUGGUUGAAGAAAAUAUACCGCUCAGUAAAUUCAAAUCACUCGUUGAGUUUCAGAAAAGUGUUGGUGUGAGUGGCUACAAUCAUCUGUCUGUAUCUGACGGUAUAAGCUAUGAGUCGGACUAUGCUAGUCAUGAAUUUUUGAAAGCUGUAUCCGACACUGUGGAGACACAUACUGUACAGAAACUACAGAAGUCCCCAUUUGUUACACUUCUUUGUGACGAAUCAACAGAUCGUACUGUUACACACCGCCUAGUCAUUUAUUGCCAGGUUUUGGGGGAGGAUAUGUUUCCUGAAACAUUAUAUUUAUGCAACAUUCGCCUAGAUGAAGGAACAGGUGCAGCUAUUUCUUCUGCACUAUACAAGGAGUUGGAAAAAAGGGGAAUUGGUCCUGAAAAGAUAAUGGGUCUUGGCACAGACGGAGCUAGUGCAAUGACAGGUAGAGACAGAGGAACUACAGGCAUGAUGCUGCGUCAAAACCCACAUAUCAUGAAUGUACACUGCAUUGCCCACCGACUAGCGUUGUGUACAAGUCAGGCGUCUGAUUCUGUGCCACCAAUGAAAGCAUAUCAGGAAGUCAUAACAUCUAUCUUUUACUACUUCAAAUUCUCUGCUGCAAGAGUUGCAAAGUUACAGGCCAUUCAGGAUGUCUUGGACUCCCCCCGAUUGAGAUUUAAAGAGGUCCAUGCUGUUCGGUGGAUGUCGUUCUUCUCUGCACUUGAAGCAGUUUACAAGGGCUUGGAUCCAUUGAUUACUUAUCUAGCUGCCACCCCAAUGAGUGAUGCCAAAGCACAAGGAUUGAAAAAAAAGAUGUUUGCUGCUGUUGGCUGUUAUAGUUAUUUUGGAUGAAAUCACAUUGUUUUACAAUUGCCACACUGAAGUUCAUAUCUAUUACCUACAUAAUGAUGGACAUCAUUCCAAUUGUGACUCAGUUGAAUCUUUUCU